AUGGCAUUAUUUUCAGGCAAAUAUUUUUGCUUUAUCGUUGCUCUCUUUGCAAUCUCAUUGAAGCCAUGUUCUUGCCAUAAUAAUACCCGCUGGAACAGCGCCGGCAUCACUUGGUAUGGUGACCGAGAAGGUCCUGGCACCACAGGAGGGGCUUGUGGAUUCGGUGAUGCAGUGGCAAAACACCCUUACCAAUGUAUGGUUUCAGCCGGAGGACCUUCAUUAUUCAAAGAUGGAACGGGUUGUGGGGCAUGUUAUAGGCUUGUAUGUGACCAUCCAUUAUGCACCAAAAAGCCGAUCAAGGUAAUGAUAGCAGAUGAGUGUGCCGGCUGCACGAAGGAGGCGUUCCAUUUUGAUCUUAGCGGUAAGGCAUUUGGUGCAUUGGCCAAACGUGGCAAAGGCGAUGAAUUACGUAACCUUGGAGAACUCAAGGUUAGGUACAAACGUGCAUGUUGCAAACAUCCUAAGAGUAAAAUAGCUAUUCAUGUCGACGCCGGAGCAAAUCCUUACUACAUGUCGUUCGCCGUUAAGUUUGCAAACGGUGAUGGAAACUUCGCAUGCGUGGAGAUUCAACCGGCCGGUGGAAAAUACUUGAAAAUGGAGGAGAUGAGAUCCGCCGUUUGGAAACUUAACCCAGGCUGUGCAUUGAAAGGUCCGUUCAACGUCCGACUUACCUCUGCCGUGACCAAAAAAGUGAUUGUUGCUAAAGCUGUUAUCCCGGAGAAUUGGAGUCCCGGUGCUAUUUACCAUUCUCUCGUUAACUUCGCCACUCCCAAGAAAGACAGUCACAAGAAAAAUAAGUGA